AAAAAGGACGGAAACAGAUAGAAAGUGGCAAAAGUGUUUCUCUUUUGGUUCUGUUUGUGGGAUUAUCAGAUUCAGCUACAAAUGGCGUACGUGAGCGUGUUGUUGUACGGAAUAGGAGGGAUAGUGGUGGCGGGAGUGGCGCUGCUGGUGGUGUUCCAGGAGAAGCUUGUGUACGUCCCGGUUCUUCCCGGUUUAACCAAGUCGUACCCUAUCACACCGGCAAGGCUUAAUCUCAUAUACGAGGACGUUUGGCUUCGCUCCUCCGAUGGCGUACGCCUCCACUCUUGGUUCAUCAAAAUGCUCCCUCUUUCUCAAGGUCCAACCAUUCUAUUUUUCCAGGAGAAUGCUGGAAAUAUUGCUCAUCGUCUAGAGAUGGUUCGCAUCAUGAUACAAAACUUGAACUGCAACGUAUUCAUGCUUUCAUAUCGCGGCUAUGGGGAAAGUGAUGGGUAUCCGUCACAGCAUGGAAUCAUUAAAGAUGCUCAGGCUGCGUUGGAUCACCUUUCUCAAAGGACGGAUAUUGAUACAUCUAGAAUAGUUGUGUUUGGAAGGUCCCUUGGAGGAGCUGUUGGAACUGUUCUUACCAAAAACAAUCCCGAAAAGGUAUCUGCAUUGAUUCUGGAAAACACUUUCACAUCCAUUCUUGACAUGGCUGGUGUUUUGCUGCCCUUCCUCAAGUGGUUUAUUGGAGGAAGUGGUACUAAAAGCCUGAAACUUCUUAAUUUUGUUGUACGCUCCCCCUGGAACACAAUUGAUACUAUUGCUGAGGUCAAACAACCAGUACUUUUCCUCUCUGGACUGAAAGAUGAAAUGGUCCCUCCAUUUCACAUGAAAAUGCUAUAUGCCAAAGCGGCUGCACGUAACUCUCAGUGCACCUUUGUGGAAUUUCCAAGUGGGAUGCAUAUGGAUACAUGGCUGACUGGGGGUGACGUUUACUGGAGAUCGGUCAUGCAGUUCCUUGUAAAGCAUGCACCUGAGGAAAAGAAACAACAAUAAAAGGAAGGUAACUAGUUGAAGAUGCUGCGUUUAGAGGAAGUUUGGACUCAGUUGGAUCCUACUGAAACCUGAAACAUUAGUAUCUUUAUAAAGCAGAUGUAUAUGCUUAUAUUGCAUUUGCUGGAGAGGGACUCUGUAAGAAGAAACAACCACUGGGAGAUGUCAAAGUGUACGUUCUGAGUUGUUUCGGUUUUCCUGUCGUUUUUGGUUUUUUUUUGAAUUUUUUUUUCCAACUGUUGGUGCUUCUCUUUUGAUGCUAACCACCAUUCCUCUAAGGUGAUUAUUGCUUUGUAGAUGAUUGAGAAAAUGCAAAGAGACAUGGUUAUAUGA